AUGUUGAGAGCUGCGUCGUUCUCAGGCAACGAUGCAGGUGCCUUUCACGUCCCCCAUGUAACCGGAGGCAGAGCACUGCCACUUUCUUUGAGCAAAGACGAAUACCUGACACAACACAAUUUUUUUCCCCCAGCACAUGACGAAGAACGCGACGCCGUCUCUUCACAACGGAGGGAUGUUCGUCGUGGGGUGGAUGUUCAGCUGCACAAGCAUAAUGGUGCCUCAGCCAUUAAUCCACACGGAGAUGAGGCAGAUGUCCCCUUGGAGCAGCUAAUGAAUGACCUUGGAGUAGGUGAAGGCGACGUAGAGCACAUGGCACCAAGCUGGCAUGAGACGUCCCACCGUCGCUCGGCUGUCGACCUUACGAUGAUGAAUGCGUUUGGCUUUUCGGAGUUGGACGCAACCAAAUCGUCAGCCUCACUUAAUGAAUCCGUGCAGUCUCCUACAACAAAACUGCAUCCAUCAAACUUGAAAUCUAGGGAGCAACGGGUUAUGGAUCUGCUCGAACAGCUUGAGACUUUAACGCGACAGACGCCAGUUGAGGGGGAAGACGACCAGUUUGUCGACUUUUCGUUUGAGCCGGAGUCGGUAACAGCAAACGACUUUAGCACGUCUUCCUCGACAGAAAGCGAUAACGAUGCGUCGCAGCUCUUUGGUGGCCUUCAUUCAAAACCAACGGCUUCCCUGUUCCACGGCACCGAGGCAGGCAUUUCAAUGACGGACGUGACAGGACACAACGCUUCCCCAGCUCCCGCCGAGGAAGAACAGACAGCAGGACAGGGCGAUGGAGGCAAAUUCUCGAGGACACAGCUCAUGGAACCUUCAGGCGCCACCGAAGCAAAUGAGUCGGAUUCGCCACAUGAUGUUUCGGAAGUGGCAGAGACGCCGGCGGAAGCUGGAACAGACGACCCGACUGGAAACAACCCACCUUCACCGGAAUCUGACUCAGGCAAUACCGCAACACAGGAAGCAUUCACUUCCACGGAUGCCAGCGAGAAAGGUGCCGACUCAGAGUCAAACUCACCAGACCCAACGGCUGGACAGUCGGCCGGUGACACUACACCUGGUACGGGGGAGAAAGGUACUGAUAGCCAAACCGUGCAUGAUGGUCAGGUUCAUAACCUGACCACAGACUCACAAGAUAUCUUGCCGGAGAACCACCAGGGUGUCAACGGGGCGUUCACGGAACCAACUGCCGAGGACACGACAGAAGCAGAAACGAACACACAAAUGCCGAAACAUGAAAAGGACGGGGUGGUACGUCAGCGAGACCGCAUGGACGCUCAUUCAUCUGCUGAAAGUAUCUCAUCGAAAGCGCCCGCCGAUUUCUCUGACAUGAUGUUUGCGAGAUUGCGGGAGGCGUCCCGCGGCAUGGCGAGUGUCCUCCAUAUCGUCGAGCAUGGACGCUUACUGGACGACGACUCGCUCGUGACCAUUGCAUACCAUUUCCCCUUUGAAACUCGUGAGAGUCGAAGAAUCGCGUUUAUCAUAGUUGCCUUACCGCCAGGCUACACAGCACGAACGGAGGGGCCGCUGUGCGAGUCUGUUGAUCCGGACAUGCCGCCCCUCUCGUGCGAAGUGCGGCUCGCACACCUGCCGCAGAUUUCAUUGCAUGAAGCAACAGAAGAUCAGAACGUCUUCAUUCAAGUCAGCAGUGCGGACAAGAAUCGCAGCCUUCCACUCGGGAUGCAUCAUUUCGCCGUUGCUGUCCACACUCCUAGGCUUCCGAUCGCCGUUAAUACUCCCGCAAACUGGUGGUUUGUUACCUUCCGCUUCACUGGCGGUCACGCUGUCACCAAACAUUUUGAGAAUCGUGUGCUUAUAGCCCGCGAAAAGUGCGCGUGGGGCGGCUGGCGCCAGGAAACCCCAUGCAGCGCCACGUGUGGAGAGGGGGUGGAGGUCUGGAGCCGUACAUUGUUUGGGGGAGAAAGUGAGGAGGCCUGUGGUGGAGCGCUACUAAAGAAAAAGUGUUUCAGAGCGUCGUGUAGUGUCAGUUGCCAGCUGGGUCCGUGGGAGACUAUCGUUGACUGUACGAAAAGCUGCGAUGCGGACAAUCGCCGUGGCUACCAGGUGAGCAUUCGUAAGGUUCUUAUGGAUAAGGAAGGAUGGGGGGUUGAUUGUAAGCGCCUCUACCCCUGGAACCCUGAGGCCCACGAAGGAUGGUCGGAAAAGCUUGGUGCCGUUGUCCGCCUCUCCGUAUGUGAUACGAAGUUCAGGCAGGCAUGCGAACCGGAACUAGGGUGCAGGGUGGAGAAAGUCAAUACUAGAACCCUUUCUGUUUCUUAUCCGUGGGGUUCUUGCCCUUUUCCCUGCGGAGGCCUGGGGAAGAUCACAAGUAUUGUUCAAGUGGCAAACGGAAUACCCAGGUGGCUCGGCGAGAAGGACUUCCCCGAGUCUUUCCAGGUUCCCUGCAGGGCGGACAAGGAACCGCUGGUCAAGCGUGUCCCGUGCAACACGUUCGACUGUGAAGAUUGCUCGGUGUAUCUUGAACGCGUUAAAGAUACCACUGCAUUUCGAGCUUGGAUUUUCUUCCUGCCGUCUCAAGAUGCCAACACCAUCAAAAUCACUGCUCCUCGAGGCAUCAACUUCGACUUGAAAGCUUCCUCGUCUGCUGCAGAUGCCAAAAGCGGUGGAAAUCAAGCGCCUCAUUCAAGGGUAGAUGGAACAGAAACAAAGACCGAUCUUGCAGACAACCAGGGAGACGUAGCUGGGCAGAGCCUGCACUGGAAAGCGACGCAUCUUCUUCCUCAAGCCAGAAAGCCAACAGAGGAGGAGAUCCAAGCCAGUGCGACAGAGGGACAAAAAACAGAAAAGGGUCAGGUUGCUGGAAGUCAGCAGAAGUCCAUGAGCAAGAACGAUGCCGAAACACAUGGUCGAAAUCAAGAGGACAUUCGUAAGCUUUAUGAGGGAAACGCUUGCUCACGUCUUCCCACCUCUUUCGGCUACAUAUCCAGCUGUGGUGUAUCCCCCUCAACAAAGUAUGAGGGUGCUCAGGAAGCCACCAUGCAUCUGUCAGGGUUCAUCGCACCCCAGGUGGACACUGCCUUCGACCGGCAUAUAUACCCUCAUUUGCAGUCUGAGAAUGCCAAGCACCGUCUGAAGGAAGGAUCUGCGGAAGAAAAUCGCAGGCCUGAAUGGAUGGCGGUGCCCGUAACUCUUGAACAAGCGGCAGAAAUGGAAAAUCCUGGGAAUUUCUACAUGUGGCUGUCGAGUACCUCGACUCCUCGUGAUCCUGAAGUUUUCAAAUGCCACUUAAAGACUAAGCUAGCUGUCCCAGUAAAAUGUCGCUAUGACUACACGGUGGUGGAUCCUAAGGACUGCGCCGACUGCCACCUUGACAGCCCCAAGAAGAUCAUGACACUCCGGCAAUUCGUUCCGGCAAAGCAUGGAGGAAGUUGUUCGAUUCCUCUGGAGCAACGAUUCAAGAAUCCUGUUGCUGUGUACGCGAAGUGCUCAAAAGGCUGUAGCCACGUACAACACGAUGUGAAUUCGUUCCCGGGUUCUACUGAGGAGACCAGCGGAACGAAAGAGGGUACUCGGGCAACCAAAACAGAGGCAAUUCCCCUGUCAUCUCGCCUGAAAAGCGUAUCUCGGGGAAGUCUCAAGCGAAUACUUGACCGGGCGGCAAAUCGACAGCUCACUGAGGGUGGUACGCACGAUGCUACUCAUGAUCCUUCGCUAGUGCACCGCAUCGAUAUUAAUAAGAUCCCAGAUUUCGAAGACGUCAUGAAGAUGGCCGCGGCCAGAUCAGAUGAAGAGAUAGGUGAGCGUCACGUGGGUCUCGAAGCCAAAGGAGGUUCGCCAGAACAUACAGAAGAGGCAGUGGGAGGCCCCUCUGCUGCGGGAAGUCCAACAACAGCUAUCCCCGUACGGCCAGGAGAAGCAAGGUCCGGAAACUCAGAGACUGGCGAUGUUGUAAAGGAUCCAGACGGUAGCAGUAGAACCGGCAGUUCUCACGAGGCGCCAGUUGUCGAGGAAGGGACGGAAAAGGGGGAAACUAUCUCGUAG